AGGAGGCAGCGCUCAGUGCUGGGAAUUCACGUCAUUUCGCCACUUAAAUACCCAAAUCAAUGAGCACUGCGUUGUCCGCCUUUCAGCGUCUGUCUUCCAGGAAGAAACUAGUAUAAUCAACACAUCGCAAAAUGUAGCCCGUCGCACCAGGAGGAUAACAAAGAAGUUACGUUUGUCUUCGACGUGCACGACCGUUUAACCGAAAUAUACACAUUAAACUUGAGUGCGACUCCGAUGGAAACCAGUGCAAGUACUGGAGUCGGAUGCGGAUGAUUUUCUGGGUUAUUUCAAGGAAAAGACGGGGGAAGGAAAGUGGGAAAAGCAGAACUUCCUGGAUUGACUGAGACAUGUCCGAAUCCCCGUUGCAGAAUAAAAUUAAGCAGGAGAGGAUCUCAUUCAGUCCUUCAGCCAGCCCCGUGCCAAACUCCACUUCCUCCCCUCUUCAUGUUCCAGCACCUCGGCAGGCCGGCAGGAUGGAAGGAGAGCCAGGGAGCCUGCCUGCACACCUGCCAGGUCUGCAGCCAGUCUUCUGGAGCAGGGAGGACGUGUCUCAGUGGCUGAAGUGGGCGGAGAGGGAGUUCUCCCUCCACCCCAUCGCCAGCAGCACCUUCCAGAUGAACGGCAAAGCCCUGCUGCUGCUCACCAAGGAGGACUUCCGAUACCGCUCACCUCACUCCGGGGAUGUCCUGUACGAGCUGCUCCAGCACAUCCUAAAGCAGAGGAAGUCCCACUCCUUCUACCCCUUCUUUCCCGGGAACUCCUUCCACUCGCCACCGGAGGGCGCUGUGCAGCAGCUCAAACUUGAAGAAACGGUACGGCGAGCGCCCCGCGGUACGGAGCCCCUCCCUCUCCACACCCCCACCAUCGAGCUGCGGCAUCGCCCCCGCUCGCCGCUCCGCCCGGACGCCGCCGCCCGGGAGGACCCCCCGCAGGCGGCCUCGCAGCUGCCCGACAGCAACCACCACCCGGAGGAGCCGUACCCUCUGAGCGUGUCGCCGGCCGAGCGGGGGAACGGGCGCUGCGCCACGCCCCACGAGGCGCCCCGCCCGGGCAGCCCCUGCCCCGAGGGCCCGCGCGUCAUCCAGCUGCUGCCCAGCGCCAUCAUGCACCCGCUGGUCCUCGCGCCCCGCGCCGGCCCCGUCGACUUUCGGGGGGGCGCGCGUGGGGCCCCCGAGAACGGGCGCGAGUCGGGCGGGGGGGGCGCGGGCCGGAACCUGGCGCCGCACCACCGCGAGGACCUGCUGUACCGCAACCACAUCCUGAUGCCCAUGUCCCCGCCCGACGAGCAGGCCCUGCCCAUGGGACGCAUCGCGGAUUGCAGGCUGCUGUGGGACUAUGUGUAUCAGCUCUUGUCUGACAGCCGGUACGAGAACUACAUUCGCUGGGAGGACAAGGAAACCAAAGUGUUCCGGAUCGUUGAUCCCAACGGUCUGGCUCGCCUGUGGGGCAAUCACAAGAACAGGACCAACAUGACGUAUGAGAAGAUGUCCCGGGCCCUGAGGCACUACUACAAACUGAACAUCAUCAGGAAGGAGCCGGGCCAGCGGCUGCUGUUCAGGUUUAUGAAGACCCCAGAUGAGAUCAUGAGCGGGCAGACGGACAGGCUGGAACACCUGGAGUCCGAUUUGGAUGAUACCAUGUACGUGAAGGAGGAAUGCUGAGGGGCGCGGAAGGUGCCAGAAGACGAUCAGGAACCCCGGUCCGGUACCUGGCCCGGCGGUAGAAUUUUUAAAAACCCAUCGUUCUGCACCGGUGACCUCCCGGAAAAGCCUGAGGUCUCGGUCUGGCUCUUAAAAUCCAGGGACCUUGAUUGCGUACCGCGGGUUUUUGACUGAGUGGGGGGGGGGGGCAGGUUUUACUCGCUUGAUCAAGGUUUUUUUUUUUUUUCCAAAGGAAACGGGGCCAGAAAUGUUUUUAAUUCAACAUUCCUAACGAAACGUUCUGAGUUUCCAUGACGAUGGAAAAGCUCUCUCUUCGAUCGGGAUUUUUCGGUGUGGGGAUUUUAACGUAAGCCUUACUCGCUGCCUUCCUGUGCAAAUAAACAUAAGGGAGACUUUAAAAGACCUUUAUCGAUACAGGGCAGAACUCUUUUAGGUUCAGCGAAAUUGGCAGGUUUUAUUUUUUUUCCCUCUUUCUUCUUUUAAUGGGCUUGAUUGCUGAUUUUCUUGUGGGAGAAAUGGGACAUGUUCUUACCGAGCGCUUGUCUUCGUAGAAGAGAGGCACGCCAACGAAAGGUUAAAUACAAAUACCAAGAGAGAAAAAAAAAAAAGGAC